AAAAUGUAUACAGCAAAAUUAAUUAGCCCAAACCACAGACUGUAGUUUUUAUGGUAUUAAAGUCGACUGUUGUGAUGUUCAAGUCCUUAUUAAAGAAAUGCACAAAACUAAAACUUACUUUGUUUAGUAAAAGGUUACUAAAUGCUUAUUUUACAGUCAAGACCAAAAUUACAGUCGCAGGAGACAAAAAACCCUUCCCUUCUCUCUUGUAAAUUUCUUAUGUUCACGCGCUCAUGCAAAACAUGGUUGCAUGUGUACUGGGCAUUUAUUUGUCUUGGGUCUUGUUUAAUGUGAGAUGAAGUCCUAUUGGUCUUUUACUUUAAAAAUACAAAUAGCUUCAAUUGAGCUCUUUGUACAUGUAAAAGUUCUCUCAAGUCUGAAUGCUACUUGGGUUCCACAUUGUAUCAUUUCAUAACAGCUCACAAUAAAUCAUUAAAUAGAACAUAAAAAUUAUUUCAGAAUUGGGUUAUUUUUAAAGUUGCCUUUGGUGUUGAAAAUGUGUGUAUUAAGGGUUGUUGAUCAUCUUCAAACUGUGUUUUCAGUUGACAUGGAUGAUGAAGAUGGCAGGUGCUUGCUAGAUGUGAUUUGUGACCCACAAGCUCUCAAUGAUUUUCUUCAUGGAUCAGAAACACAACUGGACACUGACGACCUUUUGGAUGGCUCGAGUGACCCGUCCAGCUCGUUCUUCAGCAGUGCUGGGGGACACGUUCCUGAAGUGCAGACGCAGGCUCAGCUGUCGGCGAGUGAGCCGCCCGGGCUGCCCAGAGUCAGCGUCGAUUUGGACUUUCUGGAGGACGAUGACAUCCUGGGGGGCUCGCCGGGGGGUGGAGGAGGGGACGGCGGAAGCAACGGUGUCGGCUCAAAUCACGAACCAUGCGACAUUCUUCAGCAGAGCCUGGCAGAAGCCAACAUCACGGAGCAGAGCCUCCAGGAGGCCGAAGCCGAGCUUGAUCUCAGCUCUUUUGGCCUGACUAGCCUGACGCAGGUUGUCCAACCACUGCCUGAUGCUAGCUUGCCUGGUGUAGGAAUUGGGGGGACUACUCAGAUCUUCCCAGGUCAAGGCACCACUACCACACCUUCCAGUGCAACCACAGACAUGCUUGGCUCAGUUCUGGCUCACCCAGGCCUGCAGCUUCAACCCCAGGUCAUGAACAAGGCCAUAAGUGUCCAGCCGUUUAUGCAGCAGGUUGGACUUGGAAAUAUGACCCUUCAGCCGAUUCAGACUCUACCAAACGGAAGUCAGUCUGGACAUCUUGGCAUUGGACAGAUUCAAGUCGUGGGCCAACCCACUGUCAUGACUAUCAACCCGUCUGGGCAGCAGAUCUUGGCAAAAACCAUGGGUGGCUAUCAGCUACACCAGCCUGGGCCUGACGCUACGAGUGGCGGAGCUCAGACUGGUCUUGGAGGUUCUGUACUUAGUUCUGGGGGGGGACUUCUGAUUCAGGGAGGCAAGGCCACUCUUGGCUCUCCAUCUUUGAAUGGCCCAGCCGUAUGUGUGAGCAGCACAAACACCAACAGCAGUGGUACCACAAUGGCAGCACCCAGUGCUAUAGUUGGAUUCAGCGGUACAUCCCUAAGCACAGGAAUUGGAUCUCAAACUCAGCCUCAGCCCCAAAGCCAAAUCAUGCAGAAUGUCAUUAUUCAGCGAACGCCAACACCAAUACAACCCAAACCUCCACAAGGUGGAGCCAUCCAACCUAAACUCUUCAAACAGCAACAGCAACAACUGCCAGUCCCACAUGCGCUGCAGAACGAUACAAGCAAGGCUCUAGGGGUGCAGCAAGUCCCAGCAUCUGCAGCUCAGAAUGUAGCCUUCCUCGCUGGCAAGCCUGCCAGUCAAAUGUCAAAUGUAGUGUUGAGUACACAGACAACAACGCAGGGGGCGCCGUUCCCACAAGGCCUGUUUAAGCAACAGGGCACUCCAACGUCAGGCAAGCCACUUAGUGUUCACUUGCUAAACCAACAUAGCAGCAUUGUCAUUCCAUCUCAGGCUGUCCUGCAAGGUCAGAACCACCAGUUCCUCUUGCCUCAGAUUCAGACAGGAGGGCAGAUCCUGACUCAGCAUCCCGCAGGUCACAUCAUCACCAGUUCGGGACCAGGUGGACAGAUUAUCGCCGCCAAUCAAAUCUUGACAGCCAAUCAGAACAUCAAUCUUGGCCAGGUACUGGCCUCGCAGGGUCAUCCUGGUGCUGCCCACAUCCUCUCUGGGCCCAUCCAGCUACAGCCUGGUCAGAUGGGCCAGCCCACCCUGUUCCAGAUGCCAGUCUCUCUAGCCCAGACACAGACUCAAGCUCAUCCGGUUACAGGACACGUUCAGACGGUUAUACAGGGCAUGCCCAUACAGAAUUCCUUGUCGAUAGAGAGCCUGAGCCCGGCGGUCAGUUUGCAGCCAGCUCUGCAGCAGCAGACCGGUGGCAUACCCACCAACAGCAGCACUGGAGCAGCGGUCAUGGCGCAGUGCCAGCCUGGAGAGAGCAUCACCGUGCUGGGUAGCUCCACUGAGCAAGCUGCCCAGCCCCAACCCCAACCCUCCAUCCUCACCGUCCAGACAGCUGUGUCAGUUUCAGCACCGGUAUCGGUCCCCUCCUCUACGCCUCCAUCCUCUACGGUUGCUACGUCUGCGUCCUCCGUCACCGCUGUGGGUUUGGGCUCCCAGACGCAGCACAGCCCAGGGAAAGUGCUGUUCACACCGCCUGGAUCUAGCAUGAUUCUCAGUCAGGAGUCUGUGCAGAUGUUCCUUCAGCAGGACCAGCUGCACCAAGCAGGGAAAGACCCACCUGUCUCUGUGGGCGUACCUGCAUCUGUUAUCGUCAGCGGCAGCAGCUCUGGUCCCGCCCCUACAGGCCAUGACAUCCCGUUAGCCGAAACGCACCCGGGGCAGAGUCCGAGCCCCUCCCUCGGUCCCGCCCACAUGGCAGCAUUGGUUAACAAGGUUCCAUCUGCAGCACAUCAGCAGGCUCUGAAGGUCCAAAGCUCUUCCCCCUCUCAGACGGUGGCCACUCACAGUGCGACUCCGUCUCUGUCGGACAGCCCCCAGCCCUCACGGGCCUCCCCCCUCACGCUGGGGCAGCAGAUCCAGUCCCCCCACCCCGCCCCGCAGUCUCGGCCGCCGUCUCAGCCGCAGAGCCAGCCGCCCUCCUCUCUACCUCCGCUCUUCAUCAUCCACAACCAGAUCGGCUCCCCACAGCCGCCCCAGCCCACCACGCAGGCCCCGCAGAGCCAAGCCCAGGUCCCGCAGGUACUCCCUCAGCCCGUGGCGCUCCAGCAGGAGCCGCCGUCCUCUUCCUCCUCCUGCUCGCCAAAGCCUCCUCAAGCUCCUCCCGUGCAGUUCCAGUUUGCGACGCCGGUGGUGAGCGCCCCCGGUGGCACGGUGCUCAAACAGCAGGUCGCCGUGCCGGGCCUGACUGCCGAACAGCAGCACCACUUGCAGCUGAUUAACACCAAGCUGCAGACCAUGGCGUCCAUCGCGCAGCCCUCCCCGCAGCAGAAGCAGCUUCUGGAGAAGCUCCACCAGAUUCAGCAGAACAUUCUCCUUCAGGCCAAGCAACAGGCCCAGGCCCAGCCGCAGGUCUCCCAGGCGCAACCGGCCAGCCAGUUCGGCAAGCUGGUCGAGACCCGCAUGGCUCAGCCGCUGGUGUCCACAGCCAGUACUGCCAUUCCGGCUCCAGCUCUGCUGCAGCAGAAAUCUGUGCUGGUCAAGUCCUCUGUCACUGGUCCAAAUGACGCACCGGUGUUUUCGGGAGCUCCGGGACUGAGUGGGGUUACGGUUAGUCAGGGAAUAACCCCUCCAAACCUUGCUCAGACUGUCCAGGCAAAGGCAGGGGUGAUCAGUGCAGUUGGAGGACUCUCGUUAGGUAAAGCAGGCCUGCAGAUCCAGGUUCUGAGCAGCGGACUCUCCCAGAUACCUGCACCACAGCAGCCAAAUCCUGUUCAAACGCAGACUUCAGCGUUAAAAAGGCCUUUUAAUAUGGAACCAAGCAAGGAAGCACGGAUGCUGGAACAGCUGCGAAAGCUGCAGGGCUCUGUGCUGCACCCAGACUACAGUUCACCUUUCAGCUCCUUCGAGGACACACUGCACCGCCUGCUGCCCUACCACCUGUACCAGGGCAUGGCUCCAUCCCCUCAAGACUACCGCAAAGUGGACGAUGAAUUUGAAAACGUCUCCAACAACCUUCUGAAGCGCACACAGGCUAUGCUGGACAAAUAUCGCCACCUGCUGUUUGAAGAGUCCAGGCGGCUUGGUCCUUCUGCGGAGAUGGUGAUGAUCGACAGGAUGUUCAUCCAGGAAGAGAAGAUGGCGCUGAACCAGGACAGGAUCCUGGCCAAAGAGAAACCAGAAGAGUUUGUGGCCAACUCUGCUUUGCUGAGACGGCCUGCAGCGGUGGAACAGAACUCCAUGCCGACAGCAUCGUCUGCCACGGUGACGGCACAUGGAGCUGCUGCCCCGCCCCCUGCCCCUGUUCCUGUCCCAGCCCCCGCACCCACCCCAGUGACCACUGCUGCUCCUACCCACGUGCCCUUCCCCCCUACCAAACUCGUGAUAAAGCAGGGAGGUGGGGGGGCACUGGUGUCUUGGGCCACUAGCUGCACCCCCACACCUGCAGCAGUGGUACGGCCCAGCGCAGAGCCCUCGGGGCAGAGCUCGUUUGGCCGCACCCCUUCCUCCUCUCGCUCUGCCGACGACGACGAUGACGCCCUUCCUCAGCGGGCCAGCAAGCCGCCCAUCAAGACGUACGAGGCGCGGCAGAGAAUCGGCUUGAAGUUGAAAAUCAAGCAGGAGGCGGGGUUCAGUAAAGUGGUUCAUAACACAGCGUUAGAUCCAGUCCAUUCACAGAGCCAGCAUGCACCACAGAGCCCCGAGCCACCCCCCAAAACCAGACCACCCGUCACCCAAACCACAACGGUCAUUAGGACUCCGCCCCCAACCUGUAACCCCACCUCUUUCAGCGCAGCACCCAAUCGCGCCAGCUCCGGCACAGGCGACCCAGCUUCCUCCACCGCCCCGUCUUCCUCCGUUUCUCAAUCCUGGUCGUCGUCGUCGUCGUCGUCGUCUUCUGCACAAAUGAAUGGCACUCUGGAUCACCACGAAGUGGGCGGGGUGAAGCGAAACCCCGCCUCCACGGCAACACCUCAGUCAACCACCUGCCGCCUCCCGUUGCGCAAGACGUACCGUGAGAACAUCAGCCCUCGGCACCGGCCAGGAGUACCAGGAGGGGGCGAUGCGGCACCCGCCCCCCCACCAGCGCCGUCGGGGCCACUCGCCUCCUCCCCCCAGGCAGAACGGACAGUGAUCGCCAGCGUGAAGCUGGAACGGCAAGGCGGUUGUGGGCCCACCCCGCCCCACGCCGACCCCGGCUCACAGGGCCUGGCAGCUGUGGAGGACGAGUUCUACCGUGGGAUCAAAAAUGCGUACCAUCACCACCACCAUCAACACCACCACCAUCAACACCACCCACAGCAGCAACUGCAGUUCUCUGAUAAAGAAGAUGAGGAUGAUGGCGACAGAGGGGUCCGUGCGGGGAGGGGGACAGGCUUAGCUGGCAAAAACAGGGAGAGGGCAGUGGGGAUGUUUCGCAUGGACCAGCAUGCACCAGGCCCGCCGUCACCCGGAGAAACGUCCUGCACGAGAGACUCCUCGCUUCCCGCAAAACGGUGCAAGUCCGACUCGCCAGACAUGGACAACGCCAGCUUCUCGAGCGGAAGCCCCCCGCCCGACGACUCGCUGACUGAGCACCUACAGUGUGCCAUAGACAGCAUCCUGAACCUUCAGCAGGGCCCGGCGGGCCGGGGGUCUGCGGACCGGCACCUCCCCCACCAGCACCACAUGCACCACCGCCAGGGCCCCGCACCCCCUUCAUCCUCCUCAUCCUCCUACAGGCACUCGGUCUCCUCCUCUUCCUCUCCCUCUUCGUCGUCCACGUCCCAGCACCCACAGGUAGGGGGCCGAGGGCAGAACGGCGGUUUGGUGUCACAGACUCACGGGAGAUAACAGACGCCUUGAGUCCGGAGACGCCGAGAGACUGGAAUGUGUGGGGGAGCUCCAGGAGGGAGGGAGAGCGUUUGACGUGGAGUCACUUUCCUCUGUUUAGCUGUGUUUGCCUUGUUUGUCUAUGGAUGGACUGAAGAAAAAUGUUCGUUUGGUUUACAAAUGGCCCUGUAGUUGUACUUUGGAAAGGAUGUAAUGCACUUUCACACGAUUGGCUCAUCUUGGUUUUUCUUUGUGUUCUUGCGUGGGAAGCUUCAGGCCAGUUCCUAAUCAGGGUUUUUUUUUUUUUGUUUGUUUGUUUUUGUUUUUUUGUUGUUUUUUUUUUACACAAAAGUCCUCUUCAUUAAUAAUAACUAAUAGUGGUGAACAAUGGUUCAGUCAGUUCAGUCUGUCGAUUUGAUUUAUGUACUUAAAAAAUGGUCUGCUGUAUGGUCCCUGAUGAAUUUACCUUAUAACUAUAGCAUUCUCUCUUUACAUGUUAAUUUUUGGUGACAUUGUGUUUAAUCAUGUCAGGUGAACUGAUUUAUCUGCCGUGUGAAAUUUUAUUUUUUAUGUGGGGGGGUGUGGGAGGGGGCGAGGUCUAUCUGUUGGAAAGAGAUGAGUGGAACUAUGGUUAUCCCUCUUUAACACAGAAUCAUAUAAGUUAUGAAGAUGUAGAAUAGAAACUGAAACGGCACUGAACUCUCCCCUUAUAAAGACUGGUAUUGAAAAUUAUUCAGUGAAGUUCCCUGAUUGAACAGCUUCAGUGUACUGGCAUUGAAAAAGAAAGAUCCUUUCAUCACACAGAAAAAUCUUAGACCUGCAAAAGAUCUGCUGCCUUUUUAAAUAAUGCCACUGCUGAACAAAUUUACAGAUCACAAGUGUAGUCACCAUAUUUGAUUUAUUUAUUAUUCUUGGUUACAACGUGAACCCCCAGAACAACUUCCUCUAAAUUUUCCAAGACAACUUUUGAAAAAGAUGAACGGCAGAUUUGUAUGCAGCCUUGCUCCUGGGGAACACCCCUGCUCACGGAAUGCCUUUCCAAGAGUCACGGCCUGCGGUAUUCCACACCUGCUAAAGACCUGACUGUGGGCCCCAGGUGUGUGAGGAAGCUCCUUGGGCAGGGAUGACUCUCGGGGCGACGCUGUUCACCCCAGAAUUAAUCCUGCUUCCCUGGACAUCGGUCAGUCUGGUCCCAGUCCUGGGAAGGUGUAUCCUGCGUGGGCUUGGGCUUUUCUGCUCGUACACUCCUGAUCCUGCUCACAAAUGGUUUCCUAAUGAUCCCAUGACCCGAUUCAGGAGUGUGACGGCAGAGGAACGCAACUGCCACGUGAUCCCCAAGAGUCCGGUUUGAGUAUAACAACUGGUUGAGUAUAACUGACUGGGGUUAAGUGUCCCUGUUGGUCAGUGUUUUCUGUCGGUGAACUCAAGUAACCUUUAUCAUUUAUAUAUAUCAUUUUGUACACAUACUUUAGGUUUCUUCACAGCCCUUU